UCAAAGAGUCGCAGUCGAAUUCGCGCGUACUCGUACCUGAACCAAGAAGCCUGUAGAUUCCGACAUUUUCGUUCCGACUCCUGUUCCGAGUACAUACCAGAGAUAGGUAUUCACUCGGUGUCCUUUAGAAACCCUCCAAGUGCGAUCUCUCUUUUGUACCUGUACAAACCCCAUCACAUUCAAAACAGUACCCUUUGCCCUCACCAUGUCCGGUCUCAAGCCAGGGGAUAGCUUCCCCGACGACGUCGUCUUCUCAUACGUGCCUUACACAGAUGAGAGCGCCGCCAUAACUGCCUGUGGUAUCCCCCAGAAUUACGCUGCCUCAAAAGAAUGGAAAGACAAGAAGGUCGUCCUCUUCUCCGUCCCCGGUGCCUUCACUCCCGGCUGUUCCGUGCGGCACCUUCCCGGAUACAUUGAGAAUUUGGACAAGAUCAAGGGCAAGAAAGUCGACAUCGUGGCGGUGCUGGCUUUCAAUGAUGCAUUUGUCAUGGACGCGUGGAGCAAGGCUAAUGGUAUCAAGAACCGCGAGGAGGAUAUUCUCUUCCUAAGCGACCCCGAAGCCAAGUUCUCGAAAUCGAUAGGCUGGAACCUCGGCGAGCGCACCGCCAGAUAUGCUAUCGUCAUUGACCAUGGCAAGGUCGUCUAUGCGGAAAAGGAGCCUGGUCGUGAUGUUACAGUCUCCAGCGCCCAGGCCGUUCUUGCUAAGCUGUGAUAGCAGAAAGGGCAUUGCUGUCCAUCUGCCUCCGUAGUGCCCAAGAGCUCCAUGUGCAUACGGGUAUGAUCAUCAAUCGACUAAAAACUCUGAAGUGGAUAGAUCCGCGCUUCAGCUGACCCCUUGAACAUAUGCAUACUUUGUCAUAAAUAAGAUCAUAGAAACCAACAAUUGUCAACAUUCAGCAAUCUGCCUUGAUAUCUGG